UGAAGAAAGAAAAUCCAAUCUAGUUCACGGGUUUGCUCCAAAACUUAAUAAUAAAUACACCAUUGCAUGCACAUUCAUUUUAACACCACAAACACAACAAAUAUAUAAAAAAUAAAGAGGAUAAAAUGACAAGCAAGAAGGUGGCAAUUAUGGUGAUUGUAAUGGUGAUGGCUAGUUUAGUCGUUGAGAGGUCAGUGGCGAUUGACCUUUGUGGCAUGACUCAGGCAGAGUUGAAUGAAUGCUUACCAGCGGUGAGCAAGAAUAACCCGACGAGCCCAUCGUUACUUUGUUGUAACGCUCUGAAACAUGCUGACUACACUUGUCUUUGUGGCUACAAAAACUCUCCGUGGCUCGGUUCUUUUGGUGUAGAUCCCAAGCUCGCUUCUAGUCUCCCUAAAGAGUGUGACCUAACCAACGCCCCAACUUGUUAAGCAUUAUGGUGUUUUCCUUUGUUUGUUUAUUAUUUACCAUGUUUAAUGGAAUAUUCUAAUUAAAUAUAAGGAUAUUUUAAUGGAUUCGCUUAGAUUCAUACCGAGAUUAUCGCAUAGCUAUGGUUCACACUUCACAAAAUAAUAUCAA